AUGCCGAGAUCGGCUCUAAGCGGAGCUGGUGCGUCGCCGUUUGCCAUUCAGGGGAAGGCGGUAUCUGGGGCAGGGCGAUCUAUGAUGAUGCCUCCUCGCAACUCGUCCGUCCCCGCAUCGUUGCCCACGCACAAAGGCACCGCCACGGGUCUGCUAGACUCCGCGCGCGUAGGCGGCGGAGCUGGCGGAAGGCAGCUCCGCGCGUUCGCGUCCGCCGCGCCAGGGCGCAUGGACGGCCCCGCCGCCCUGGGGUCGGAGCUGGGCCGGCGCGACUCGUACAACCUGAUUCUGGACCAGUUUCUGUCAGCUGACGGAAACGCUAGCGGCCCUGAUUCGCCCAGCACGGGAAUGGGGACGGAGGAAAGGAGGGGAGCGGCGGAAAUUGGUGGGGGGUUGGAGUUACGGAGGGUUGUAACGGCGGGGAGGGCACAGAGAGCGGAAAGGGGUGGAGCGGAUAUUUUGGUGGUAGAGAGCGGUGGAGAUGGUGGGAGCGCGGACGGGAGUGUGCACGGCGGGGGUAGGAUGCAUGGAGGGAUUCGCCUGCAUGGGAGUAAUAGUUUCCAUGGGAACCCGAGUAAUGGUGGUGCUGCUGGUGGGGGUUUCGAUAACACUAGCAGCACAACAGCACCCACUGCCCCUGCUGCUGCUGGUGGUGUUGCUGCUGGAUCCGUGGGGGAUGGUGUGGAUUACAGCAGUAGUUUUGAGAGUUACUCCACUGCUGCUGGCGCUGACGUGGCACGAGAUGGAACGGAUGGCGACUCGGACCACGGGCAGGUGAACGGGCAGCGGAAAAUUCGGGGGCAGGCGCAGGGAGGGAGUGGGAACGGGCGGCAGAAGCACAGGCGUGCGAGCAUUUCGGCUGUAGCAGGGGCGGCAGAGGGGGGAAGAGGAGGCGGAGGAGGGGGCAGGGAGGCGGAAGGAAGCUUCCUGCGCAGAGGCAGUGGCAGUAGAGCAGUAGCAGCAUCAGAGGGGGGAGCAGGGGGAACAGGGGUCGCAGGUGGAGCAGUGGGAGCAGGGGGGGCAGGGGGAGCAGGAGGAGGAGCAGGGGGAGGAGCCGAGAGGGGCAUGGGUAGAGCGACAGGGGGAGGAACAGGUGGGGGCGGUUCAGCUGCAGGAGAGGGGGAGGGCGUAUCUGGAGCAGGCUCUUCUGGAACUCAUCCCGGUUGGGGCGGCUUUCCGCGUCUUAACCUGGAGAUCGCGAGUCUACAGUCGUUCUCAGAUGAGGAAAACCCCAGUAACCGGAGUGUGGGAUCGCUGCAGGGCAUGGGCAGCGGGCGGGGCGGGGGCAGCGAACAAGGCAUGGAUAGCGCUCAGAGCAGCUUACUGAACAGCAGCUUGGGAAAAGGGGAGGGCAGAGGGGUUGGAGAGGGUGCGAGGCGGUGGGUAAGGGGUGGGAGAGAGGGAGGGGUAGAGGUAGGGCGGGGAAGAGGGAGGGAGAGGCGGGGGAAGGGGAAGAAAGGAGUGAGAUUCUACUCUGAAUUGAGGUCUCCGUUGGUGGGCAAGCAGUACGCGUUGACUGCGGUUGACUGGCUUGACUAUGACCCCCCUGGAGAUGCUCUGUUGAGAAGAUGCGUGCACCGCGCUACUGGCACCCCUCUCACAUGCCGCACCAUCUCCAAGCAGAGCAUUCGGUCACAGCAGCAGGCGGAAGCUAUUGGGGUGGAAGUGGCAGUGCUGGAGGUGCUGCAGCCGCAUGCACACAUCAUUGGGCUCAAAGACAAGUUUGAGAGCCUCACGUCGGUGCAUCUCAUUCUUGACCCCGUAUCGCGCCUCUCACUGCACGACCGCAUGCGGCAGCACGGCCCCAUCCCUCAGCACCACGCUGCACCGCUCUGCCUCGCGCUGCUGCACGCGCUGCACCACUGCCACUCGCAGGGCGUGGCCCACCGCAAUCUCACGCCCCACGCUGUCGUGUUCCCAAGUGAUGACAGCCCGCUGGGGGAUGCAAGGCUGAGUGGAUUCGAGUGUGCAGCGUUCGUAACCCCAGGAGUGCCCUUUUCAGAUCCAGUGACACCGCCAUUGUUCGCAGCGCCAGAGGUGCACGCGGGAAUGUACGGCACACAGGCCGACCUCUGGUCCCUGGGGGUCCUGCUCUUCCUCCUGCUCUGCGGAGGGCCGCCCUUCUGGUCGGCCACGGCUGGUGGCAUUCGGCGCGCAGUGCAGCAGCAGCAGGUGGCGUUUUUGUCUCCCCGGUGGAAGGAUGUUUCGGAUGAGAUGAAGCAGCUGCUGUUGCUGCUGCUCGAGAAGAAUCCUGCAGAAAGGCUCACAGCUUCUGAUGCUCUAGAGCAUCCCCUGUUCACAAGGGUGGCGGCAUCAGAAGAGGGUACACCAUGA